GUGAGCACUACAAUGAAUGGUCCAGUCAGCCCAUGGUGAACAGCAUCCCAGCAGGAAACCUCCAGCUCUGUGCUGCUGUCCUUUUCACAGGCUCAUCAUUUAGCCAGAUUUCUAAGUUCCUGGGUGCCUUCAAUGUGCAGGGACUGUCCAAGCAGUCAUUCUGUCGGCAUCAGGCAAAGCUCUUAAUUCCAACAGUGAGCUGGCAGUGGCAGCUAGAGCAAGCUGAUAUCAUCCAGGAGGCUACUGAAUCAGGACCUGUGACUCUUGGUGGUGACAUGCGAGCUGAUUCACCUGGACACUCAGCCAAAUAUGGCAGCUACACCAUGAUGGAUCUCAAAAGAAACAAAGUUAUUGAUAUCCAACUUGUACAGAGCAAUGAAGUUGGGAAUAGUGUGCGAAUGGAGAAGGAGGGAUUUGUGCGAAGUCUGAGCACACUUUUGGAGAGGGGGGUCGAUGUGCAGCAAGUCGUGACUGACCGCCACACAGGAGUGCAGAAGUAUUUGAGGGAGGAAAAAAAGGAAAUCAGUCACUACUUUGACCCCUGGCACAUGGGAAAAGGAAUUGGUAAGAAAAUCGAAGAGCUGGGGAAGAGAAAGACGACCCAGGAUGUGAGACUGUGGAAGCAAAGUGUGGUGAACCACCUCUACUGGUCAGCAUCCAGUUCCUCCUCAGGACAGGAGGCAGUUGCAAAGUGGACUUCAGUUGCCAACCACAUCCAAAAUGUGCACAGCCAUGACAACGCCCUGUUCCCUAGCUGUCUGCAUGCACCUCUGGAUGGAGAACAGGCAAGACAGUGGCUCAAACCAAGCACAGCAUCAUGUGAGAAGCUCACUGCCAUUCUGUUAGCUCCACGGUUUGUGAAGGACGUAGAGAAGAUAAGCCCUCAGUACCACACAUCCACCUUGGAGGCUUUCCACAGUCUCAUCAUCAGAUUUACUCCAAAAAGUCAGGUCUUCUCCUUCAAAGGAAUGCUGUCUAGAUUACAAAUUGCUGCAAUGCACUAUAAUGAAAAUGCAGCACGCUCACAUGCAGCAACAGCAACUGGUGAGCUGAGAUAUGCUGUAGUGUACCCAAAGUACAAACGUGGAGCCUACACAGUGAGAGCCCUGAAGACCAAUCCAACCUCAUGUAUGUCAUAUAUUGUAUGAUAAAACCAAAAUGAUGGUCAUGGAGAGCUAUUGUAAUACUGAAAACCCUUUUCCAGUAUAUGUGCACAAGCUUA